CGUAACUUCCCCAGUAUGAUGCACUCAUUUUCUUUCCUUGAAACCUUGGACCCAUCCAGCAGCCAGGGGAUAAAAGGAAGGCAGCAGCAGCAGGGGCCAAGCAUUGUGCAGGAGAGCCCUGCAGCCACCCCAGCUCCAGCUCCACUCGUGGUUCCCUCAGCCUGCAGCAUCAUGAAGGUCCUCGCAGCCACCCUGGCUGCUCUGCUCCUUGUGGCCAUCUGCUCCUUGGCUGAGGCCCAUCCUCAUGACUCUGGCAUUGCUGCAUCUACCCAGAAGCCAGACACCAACCCCACUGCCUGCUGCUUCUCCUACACGUCUCGUCGGGUCUCACGCAGGUUCAUCAGCUCCAUCUACAGGACCAGCAGCAUAUGCAGCCAGCCAGCGGUGGUUCUGGUCACCAAGAAGGGGAAGGAGAUGUGUGCAGACGCCAAGGCAUCCUGGGUGCAGGAGCUUAUGAAGCACUUCGAGUCACUGGAGUACUGACCCUUCCCUGCUGCUGCCCCAAUGCAGCAGGCUUGGACCCCGGCACCAGAUGCCCAACAGAGUGCUUGAGUUGCAUACUUCUUCAACAGGAAAAUUGAUUCUAAUUGACAUACAUUUUUUAAACUAAAUUUUGUUUCCUAAUAAAGUGAAAAUACAAAAGCA